AUGGCGUCGCCAGUCGAGCACCCGCCACAGCCUGCCGGCGGGAAGCGCAAAGGAAAAGCCGUGUACGGGCAGGCCAAGCGGGCUCGGCGCUGGGACGCCGGCGGGCCCCGGCAGCUGGAGCCUGGACUACAGGGCAUACUCAUCACUUGCAACAUGAACGAGCGCAAAUGCGUGGAGGAGGCCUACAGCCUGCUUAACGAAUACGGCGACGACCUGUACGGGCCGGAAAAGUUUACAGACAAGAAUCAGCAGCUCUCUGGAAAUGAGGGAGAAGACGAUGACGUGGAGGCCGCACUGAAGAAAGAAGUUGAUGACAUCAGGGCCUCUACAGAGAUGAGGUUAAGAAGAUUCCAGUCCAUGGAGAGUGGAGCAAAUAAUGUAGUCUUCAUCCGAACACUUGGGAUAGAGCCUGAGAAAUUGGUGCAUCACAUUCUUCAGGAUAUGUACAAAACCAAGAAGAAGAAGACUCGGGUUAUUCUACGAAUGUUACCCAUCUCGGGCACGUGCAAAGCUUUCUUAGAGGAAAUGAAAAAAUAUGCAGAAACAUUUUUGGAACCUUGGUUUAAAGCACCAAAUAAAGGGACAUUUCAGAUUGUAUAUAAAUCUCGAAACAACAGUCACAUGAAUAGAGAAGAAGUUAUCAAAGAAUUGGCAGGAAUAGUAGGCAACCUCAAUUCAGAAAAUAAAGUGGAUCUUACCAAUCCACAGUACACGGUGGUAGUAGAAAUCAUCAAAGCUGUCUGUUGCCUGAGUGUUGUGAAAGAUUACAUGUUGUUCAGAAAGUAUAAUCUUCAGGAGGUUGUGAAGAGUGCUAAGGACUUGCCACUGUUGAACCCAAAGCAGGCAACACAUGCAGGAAAUGGGAAAGAAGCUGAAUUGGAAGCUGGUGACAAAUCACAUCCCAGUGACCCAGCAGAAGGAAAACAUGACCAGCAGGAGGUACCAGAGAAUCGUGAGGAGGUGGAGACACAGGUAGAGACUGGAGAAGGAACUAAACCUGAACUUGAAAGUCAAGUGCCCGGCGAAGCCAAGUCAACUGAAAAUGACCUCACAUAG